GUUUUAAUCUGGAGUAUUUUAACCUUAGCUACAAAAACCCGUUAAAGAAUCUAUUGAUAUAGUUCUAUAGCUAUAGACCUGUUAGCGUAGAGACUGACAUUUUGCUUAUCUGGGUAGAUUUAGUCAUUCAUUGGAUUUUGCGGUAGAUUAAAUGAUUUUUGACUGAUUUCAGAGCAUCUCGUGGUUCGCCAAGAAGACAUCUAUACAAUGUCGGGAAGCUUUUACUUUGUAAUGGUCGGACAUCAUGACAACCCUGUGUUUGAGAUGGAGUUUUUACCACCUGGGAAGCCUGAAUCUAAGGACGACCACCGUCACCUUAACCAGUUCAUUGCACACGCCGCCUUGGACUUGGUGGACGAGAACAUGUGGCUUUCCAACAGCAUGUACCUGAAAACUGUGGACAAGUUCAACGAGUGGUUUGUCUCAGCCUUCGUCACAGCAGGACAAAUUAGAUUCAUCAUGCUACAUGAUAUGCGACAAGAAGAUGGAAUAAAGAACUUUUUUAACGACGUUUACGACUUAUACAUAAAGUUCGCAAUGAAUCCUUUCUAUGAAAUCAACGCACCAAUCCGCUCCACUGCAUUUGAGAGGAAAGUCCAGUUUCUCGGAAAGAAGCAUCUCCUGAGUUAAUCAGACGAUGCUAAGAUUUGAAUGUUUUCUUUCCCUUGUAUAUAUCGAAAUAUGCGUGCAUGAUCUGUUUUCCUGUCGAAUAAAAAGUAUU